GACUUUAAACCAACUAUAACAUCAUCAAGAUUCAUCGGAUAGUACUGCCUUGGGUCUACCACAAACCAUUCAGUCUUGAUCUUUUUUGUACAAGAUUACUGACUGCAUCCACUCUUCGCUUUUACUGCUCCGUAAAUUCCCAGUCAAAACCUACUGCACUCACCAUGACAUCCUCAGCAGCUCCUAUUCGCCAGCCUGACUGGCAUAUUCCUGCUGGAACUACUGUUCCUCGGCUAUACAUCAACAACUCUUUGACUCGCAAAAAGGAGUUAUUUGUUCCUGAAAAAGGACGUCGAGUCACUUGGUAUUCUUGCGGGCCAACCGUUUAUGACAAAUCCCAUGUUGGUCAUGCCAGAACAUUUUUUUCGUUUGAUAUUGUUCGUCGAAUUAUGAGCGAAUAUUUUGGAUACGAUCUGCAGUAUGUCAUGAACAUCACCGACAUUGAUGACAAGAUUAUUGUAUCUGCCCGUCAAAAGCAUCUUUUUGCCAAAUACAAGGAAGCAAACCCUGUUCUUAAUGAAAGUGUUAUUGUCAAGGCUGAAUUGGGAUGGCAUUAUUUUGUCAACCAACGUUUUGAAAAAUACAUGAAAGAUGCCGCCAACAACUGGGCCGAGUUUGUUUCUGAAUUCGAAGCAGGAAAACUUGUUGGCGCAGCCGAUGAUGUCAAGUUUGGACUGUAUUACAAAACUGCUAUUUCCUCGCGAGAUGCUCUUGCCAAAGCCAAAAGCGGCAAUAUGUGUAUUAACGACUUUUACCUUGCUUUGCAAGACCCACUGUCACUUUUUAUUGACAGCCAAGAGGGUGCCAAGACUACCGAUCAGCAGAUUUUCAGAGACUAUGCUGCUUACUGGGAAGCAGACUUUUUCCAUGAUAUGGACAGUUUGAAUAUUCGCCGUCCGGAUGUUCUUACUCGCGUUAGCGAAUACAUUCCAGAGAUUAUUGCUUUUGUUCAAAAAAUCAUGUCCAAUGGCUAUGCUUAUGAGUUUGAUGGAUCUGUUUAUUUUGAUACUGUUUGUUUCGAUAGAUCUGACAAGCAUUCAUAUGCCAAGAUUGAACCUUGGUCUGCUGGCAAUGUAAAACUGGUUCAAGAGGGUGAAGGCGAUCUGACCGCCGAUACUAGCGGUAAACGCAAUAUUUCCGACUUUGCUUUGUGGAAGUCUUCCAAGCCUGGUGAGCCUUCAUGGUCGUCUCCAUGGGGAGAGGGUCGUCCUGGAUGGCACAUUGAAUGUUCUGCAAUGGCUGGAUGUGUUCUAGGUGAAAAAAUAGACAUUCAUUCGGGCGGUAUUGAUCUGACUUUUCCCCAUCACGACAACGAGUUGGCUCAAUCCGAGGGUCAUUUUGGAUGCACUCAGUGGGUCAACUACUUUAUGCACACUGGACAUCUUCACAUUGAGGGUCAAAAAAUGUCAAAAAGUCUCAAGAAUUUCAUUUCCAUCAAAGAAGCAUUGGAGCAAAGCACUGCCCAACAGAUUCGCAUCAUGUAUUUGCUUCAUCACUGGGACUCGACUCUUGACUGGAGUGCAGGCUCGUUGUCCGAAGCGCGCACAAUCGAGGUUUCAAUUAACAACUUUCUAGCAUUAGUCAAGGCACUUGCACAGGAAGAAAAAUUCAAAGAAAGAGUUAUUUCCGAAACACAUAAUUAUGGUUCUGCGGAGAAGGAGUUGAUGGAUGUACUGUUUCAAAAACAAGAGGCGAUUUAUGCGGCUCUUGCUGAUUCCUUUAAUACUCCUCUUGCCAUGACAGAACUUCGUCAGUUGAUUUCGGUUUCUAAUCAGUAUUAUCAGACCAAGAAUAAGGUCAAGGCAACUCCCAACAUAACAAUUUUGGCCAAAAUUGGUGUUUAUGUGACCAAGCUUUUGCGUACUUUUGGUGUGUAUCCUGACAUCAAUCCCGAAUUUGGAGCUCCGGUUACUGAAGGUGCUCAGAAUUCUGAGGAAGCACUGAUGCCAUAUCUUCGUGUGUUGUCAUCGUUCCGUGAUGCCGUUCGUGAACUUGCACAAGCCAAGGCUGAUCCUGUUGAAUUUCUAAAGCUCUCGGAUCGUUUGCGUGAUAUGGAUCUGUUUGAACUUGGUGUUAUUUUAGAUGACAAGGAAGAUGGAAAGGCACUGGUGAAAAUUGUCGAUCGCAAAACAUUGAUGAGUCAACGCAAAGCGAUACAGGACAAGGAGCUAGAACGACAACGUGACAAGGAAGAGAGACUGAAGAUUCAAGCUCAAAAGAAAGCCGAGCGAUUGGAAAAGGGACGAAUGCCACCAUCUCAGAUGUUCAAGACUGCCGAGUUUAGUGCGUGGGAUGAGCAAGGCAUGCCUACAUUGGACAAGGAAGGGGUGGAGAUCACCAAGUCAAGGAGAAAGAGGCUUGAUAAAGAUUAUGCCAUUCAAACUAAACUUCACGCCGAGUUUCUUGCUGGUGCAGACAGUGAAAAGGCUUAGUUGAUGAGUUACAGCAUCAUUCACGUAACAUGGAACACUUGUAUUGAUCUUUUAGUGAUUUUGCUUUGGAAUAAACAAUGGUUGAGCAUUUGCUAUUUUGCAU